UGGCUUACCGCACGCAGGCUAUUUUUAGACCGUGACGUGGCCUCGUAAAGCAGAAGUAAAGCCGAAGUGGGACAUUAUAGACCCGCCCUCGCAUAGACCCAACUUAAUUUGUGCUACUUUUCUCCGGUAAUUUUUCAAAACCGAACAUGGCGAUCACGCAUUGCUUUUUUGGAACUUGUAGAAACGUCUCUAGACAUUACGACACAUGAAGGAUGUUUUCUUCAUACGUUUCCGGAAACCAAAAACUCGGGAGGAAAGAAUGUGAAGACCGAAUCAACUUGCGCGGACUUUUAACACCAGCUCGGUGAAUCCAUUCACAUUUCAUAUGCAGUAAACAUUAUGUUGGGUUGGCAUGGUCUUUCAGAGGACAAAGAGUAUGACGGACAAGUGGCAGAGCGCCAUGGAUCACGCUGUCGCUGUGGCGCGAAAAGCCGGACAGAUGGUGCGUGAAGCGGUGGGCAGCGUGCAGUCGGAGGCGGUGAUGCUGAAAAGCUCGCCUAUCGACUUGGUGACGCAGACGGACCAGAAAGUGGAAAAACUCAUCAUUCACUCGCUUAAGGAGAAAUUCCCAACUCAUUGCUUCAUUGGGGAGGAGUCUGUGGCGGCAGGAGAAGGUUGCGUCCUGAGCGAUAAGCCCACCUGGAUCAUCGACCCUAUCGACGGCACCACCAAUUUUGUCCACAGCUUUCCUUUUGUUGCAGUUUCCAUCGGAUUCGCCGUCAACAAGCAGGUGGAGUUGGGCGUGGUGUACAGUUGCCUCCAGGAUGAGAUGUACACGGCGCGCCGUGGGAAGGGCGCCUUCUGCAAUGGGCGCCCGUUACGGGUUUCUCACCAGCAAGACAUCCAGCGAUCCAUCAUCGCCACAGAGUUCGGCUCCAACCGCGACCCGGCGGCGGUGGACAAGAUCUUUUCCAGCCUCAGGAACGUGGUCAGCAUUCCGGUCCACGGUGUGCGCGGCGCCGGAAGCGCCGCUGUCAACAUGUGCAUGGUAGCGUCGGGACGCGUGGAGGCUUACUACGAGAUGGGAAUCCACGUGUGGGACAUCGCUGCCGGAUCAUUGAUAGUCUCCGAAGCCGGCGGCGUCCUAAUGGAUGUGGAAGGAGGCCCGCUGGACUUGAUGUCUCGCCGCGUUCUGGCCGCCAAUAACCGCAGCGUCGGCGAUCGGCUGGUCGAUAAAAUCGACGCCUUCACAUUGCGGAGAGACGAUGACGCCUCGUGACCAAGGUGCCGCAAAUCAGUCCAGAUGUGCUCUCUGGCAUAUUUUUCACCAAAAAUGGUUUGAAACACGCACAUUCUUUAUGUAUAUUUGGGUUUACUUUGUAUUUUUUGAACAACAAGUUCAUGACUAUUCCUGAAAAAUAUAACAAAGAAACACAAAGUUUGAUGUUUAGUUUUAGGUAGUCAAAGUAUUGAUAUUGAAAUGUAUACUCCAAAAAUACUGUAUACCAUUUUCGAUACCACAAAAAAAAAAAAAAAAAAAAAAAAUUAAAUGGUACUUUUUAACUCUUUAAGUGUUUGUCUAUCGGUGUUUGUUAUUUUUUUGACAUAAAGAAAGUGCGCCAAAAUCAACAAGAUGUGAGCAAGCAGAGGUGGUUAGUAAUACGUUAUUUACUUGUGUAACUUUUUGAGAAAAAUGUACUUCUAAGAGUAGUUUUACUAAGCCUUACUUUUUACUUGAGUAGAUUUGUGAAGAAAAAACAAUCCUCUCACUCCGCUCCUUGGAGCUACACAAGAAUUGUUACAUUUUUCCUCUUUUUUUCUUCAUACUAGAUUUAUUUAUUUAAGCCAACGAUACCAAUGAGACGCAACUAGGCAUGUGCCGGUAUGAUACACUGCUGGCCAAAAGUAUUGGCAAUCCUGUCAGAUAAUGCUAAAUUUUUCCCAGAAAAUGAUUGCAAUUACAAAUGCUUUGAUAGUUAUAUCUUCGUUUAUUUUGCUUGCAAUGAAAAAAACACAAAAGACAGUGGGACAAAAAAAUUUAAAUCAUUGUCAUUUUGCUCAAAACUCCAAAAAUGGGCCAGACAAAAGUAUUGGCAUCCUUUGAAAAAUCAAGUGAUGCUUCUCUAUAAUUUGUGUAAUUAACAGCACCUGUUACUUACCUGUGGGACAAAACAGGUGGUGGCAAUAACUAAAUGACACUUGCAGCCAGUUAAAAUGGAUUAAAGUUGACUGUACCUCUGUCCCAUGUCCUUGUGUGUACCACAUUGAACAUGAAGAAAAGAAAGAAGACCAAAGAACCGUCUGAGGACUUGAGAAGCAAAAUUGUGAGGAAGCAUGGGCAAUCUCAAGUCUACAAGUCCAUCUCCUAAGACCUGAAUGUUCCUGUGUCUACCUAUGUCAUCAAUAAGUGUAAAGCCCAUAGCACUGUGGCUAACCUCCAUAGAUGUGGACGGGAAAGAAAAAUUCACGAGAUUUCAAGGAAAGAUUGUGCGGAUGGUGGAUAAAGAACCUCGACUAACAUUCACACAAGUUCAAACUGUCCCUCAGUCCAAGGGUACAACAGUGUCAACCCGUACUAUCCGUCGGUAUCUGAAUGAAAAGAGACUCUGUGGUGUGAUACCCAGGAAGACCCCACUUCUGACCCAGAGACAUAAAAAGGCCAGGCUGCAGUUUGCCAAAACUUAUCUGACAAAGCCAAAAACCUUUUGGAAGAAUGUUCACUGGUCAGAUGAGACAAAAGUAGAGCUUUUUGGGGAAUAAGCAAAAAAACAAGUCCCCACAGUCGAACAUGGCGAAGGUUCCCUGAUGUUUUGGGGCUGCUUUGCUACCUCUGGCACUGGACUGCUUGACCGUGUGCAUGGCAUUAUGAAGUCUGAAGACUACCAACAGAUUUUGCAGCAUAAUGUAGGGCCCAGUGUGAGAAAGCUGGGUCUCCCUCAGAGGUCACGGGUCUUCCAGCUGGACAAUAACCCAAAACACACUUCAAACAGCACUAGAAAAUGGUUUGAGAGAAAGCACUGGAGACUUCUAAAGUGGCUAGCAAUGAGUCCAGACCUGAAUCCCAUAGAACAGCUGCCGAGAGAUCUGAAAAUGGCAGUUUGGGGAAGGCAUCCUUCAAAUCUGAAGCAGUUGGCCAAAGAACAAUGGAGUUUUGUGUAAAAUGAUAAUGAUUUCAUUUUUUUUCAUUCUCUUUUGUGUUUUUUCAUUGCAAGCAAAAUAAAUGAAGAUAUUAAUAAUAGGGCUGUCAAACGAUGAAAAUUUUUAAUCGAGUUAAUCACAGCUUAAAAAUUAAUUAAUCGCAAUUCAAACCAUCUAUAAAAUAUGCCAUUUUUUUCUGUAAAUUAUUGUUGGAAUGGAAAGAAGACACAAGACGGUUAUAUACAUUCAACAUACUGUACAUAAGUACUAUAUUUGUUUAUUAUAACAAUAAAUCAACAAGAUGGCAUUAACUGAUUAACAUUAAUUCUGUUAAAGCGAUCGAUGUAUAGAAAGACUUGUAGUUCUUAAAAGAUAAAGGUUAGUGCAAGUUAUAGAAAUUUUAUAUUAAAACCCCUCAAUGUUUUCGUUUUAAUAAAAUUUGUAAAAUUUUCAAUCAAAAAAUAAACUAGUAGCUCGCCAUUGUUGAUAUCAAUAAUUAAUCAUUGCUCAUGGUGCAAUGUGGUAAAAUCAGUUGCACCCAAGCGCCAGCAGAGGACGAAAAAACUCCAAAAAACACAACUAACAAGUGGACAUGGCACUGAGCUGUCAUUUUAAUGUGUUUGAGCGGGGCAUGUGCGUUAAUUGCGUCAAAUAUUUUAACGUGAAUAAAAAAUAAUUACCGCCUGUUAACGCAAUAAUUUUGACAGCCCUAUACUAACAAAGCAUUUGUAAAUGCAAUCAUGUUCUGGAAGAAAUUGAGCAUUAUCUGAGAGAAUUGCAGGGGUGCCAAUACUUUUGACCAGCAGUGUAAUUAUUUGUACUCUUUAACUUUUCUAAUUAUUUUUAAAUGACUGUACGGAGACCUUGAGUGCAAGAAAGGGGCCUUCAAAUAAAAUCUAUUAUUUAGAUACACGUAUAUGAUAUCGGUAGCACAGUCAAAAAAUGUCUCUCUUCAAAUCAAAGUAUGUGAAUUGAGGCACAGCAUCCACAAGCGAACAGAAGUCAUGCAAUAAAUUCCAUUAUUGGUUAAUACAUGUUCUGACAGAAUGCCGGUUCAAAAGUUGGAAGUGCAUGGCCGCCACUCAAUAGCAGUUAAUGAGUUAAAACUUUAUUAUUACAACAUCCAGCCUGUAUCAUAGCCACAAAGGGGUUUGUCAUGAACCAAACUAUUUGUAAAGCUGUCAAAAAUUUAGCAGAUAAGUCAUUUAUCUCAAGAUGGCUGCAAGUUACACUGUCAACUUUAAUACAUCAAGCCUUGUUUUCUUUCUAGGUGUCAGUCUCUCCUGAAGUAUAAAAAUGUCUGCACUUUUUCAAUUGUGUUUGCUAGCGAUGACGGCCGACGUGUUGUUCACAUGCUGUUGAAGACCUCAGCUCACUUUUUGUGUGUGAAAAGAGGCAUGGCCUCCACAAAGGAAAAAAAGGAAGCAGGAAGUCAUGCUUUAAAUUCCUUUAUUAGUGAAGAGAAGGGUUUUAGUGUUAGACGGGCAUGGCCCUCCACUCCUUGCCCUCGGUGAGCGCUCGCGGCUCGUGCACAAAGACACUGAAGCGGACGCCCUGAUUGGCCGCCGCCCUGACAAACCUGGCGUUGGCCGUCAGGGUGACCGCCCGUAGUCGGUCCCCGGUGCCGAAGAUUAAUAGCGAGCGGCGGUUGACCUUGGCGCUAGGUUCUAGGGCCAGCGCCCGUUCCGAAGGCCAGUCGUCCACCAGCUGCAGGCGGCUUAGCAGCUGGCGUGCGCGCUCCUUUUCGCCGGGCCCGCC